AUUUUGAUGUUUAGGAUCAAAUUUAAACUGGGGUAAAAGUUUAGAGGUGUAUAGUGAAUUAACCCACAUGCACAUUUUCCCUUCUUCUUCCCCAGUCUCUCCCUACGAAAGCACCACGUACACGUUUUCUCCUUAGCCUCUGUUUUAUUCAAUUGCAUGCAAUCAACGCAUACAUUUCCUCUCUACUUUCUCUCUUCUUAUAUUUACGACGUGGAAAAUUAAUUAAAAAAAAAAAAGCAAACACAUUCAAAAGCUUUCAUCUUCCUCUAUGAUGUAGUCACGAGGAAGAAAGAAGAGCAGAGGAACUGAUUUUCGUUUAUUUUAGCCAUUUUCGGGUGUUUUUUUGUUCUUCAAAUGCACCCCAAAACAGGUUACCUAAUAGCGGCCAAAGCUCCCCGUCGCCUCCGGCGUCACCAGUACAGCCACCGAAGUACCACCACGGUAGGAAGUCGGGUAGGUUCAGCCGGUUCCAACCGGAGCGACCUCAGCCCAUCGUCUCUCUUGGUUACUUCUCUAUGUUCUUCUUCGUCGACAACGGAUUUUCCUCGUUGUUCCUCUCGUUUAUAUCUCCGGGAUGUUUCUCUACACGGGCACCGCUUCCGUUGAUGUCGUUCCCGUCGUUAGACACAAGCCCUCGCCCGGCUCCGUUCACCGGAGUCCCCAGGUCUACGAUAAACUUAGAGUUUAUAUGAAUGCCGAUAAAUCUUCUGCUGACGCCAUUUCGACUGUUUGGAGAAAUUCCCAUAGAGGGGGGCUGUGGAGACCUUGUGUAAACAAGUCCUCUGAAGAUUUGCAAUGCAGUUGCUGUGGCAGGUUAUCUUAAUGCGACACUUCUAAUCCCUAAUUUCCAUUUUCAUAGCAUAUGGAGAGAUCCCAGCAAAUUCAAAGACAUCUAUGAUGAAGAGUAUUUCAUCAGUAUAUUAAAGAAUGAUGUACGAGUUGUUGAUAAGAUUCCUAACUACAUAAUGGAACGAUUUGACAACAAUUUGACCAAUGUUUUCAACUUCAGAAUCAAAGCAUGGUCAUCCAUUCGGUUUUACAAGGAAGUAGUCCUACCAAAGCUGCUUGAAGAAAAGGUAAUAAAGAUUUCUCCUUUUGCAAACCGCUUGUCGUUUGAUGCGCCUCCUGCUGUCCAAAGACUCAGAUGCUUGGCAAAUUAUGAAGCUUUACGGUUUUCGAGUCGCAUACUAAAUCUCGGAGAAACUUUGGUUUUGAGAAUGAAAGAAUGCAGUGCAAACAGCGGUGGCAAAUAUCUUUCUGUCCAUCUUCGCUUUGAGGAGGAUAUGGUUGCUUUCUCUUGUUGUGUAUUUGAUGGUGGGGAACUAGAAAAGGAAGACAUGAUAAGAGCCAGGGAAAGAGGCUGGAAAGGAAAAUUUACGAAACCUGGUCGAGUUAUACGCCCCGGAGCAAUCAGGAUUAAUGGGAAAUGCCCACUUACUCCUUUGGAGAUUGGAUUGAUGCUUAGAGGAAUGGGAUUCGAUAACCAUACUUAUAUCUUUUUGGCUUCUGGGAAGAUAUACAAUUCCGAGAAAACGAUGGCUCCAUUGUUGGAAAUGUUCCCAAACUUGCAAACGAAGGAGAUGCUGGCAUCAGAGGAAGAACUUGCUCCAUAUAAGAGAUUUUCUUCCAGGAUGGCUGCCAUAGACUAUACUGUUUGCCUUCAUAGCGAGGUCUUCGUGACGACUCAAGGUGGGAAUUUUCCUCAUUUCCUGAUGGGCCACAGAAGGUACUUGUACGGAGGACAUUCGAAGACUAUUCGACCAGACAAGCGAUGGUUGGCACUGCUAUUCGAUAACCCGAAUAUCGGGUGGAGAGCUUUCAAGCGACAAAUGCUGAACAUGCGGUCUCAUAGUAACACAAAGGGAGUUGAACUUAAAAGGCCCAACGAUUCGAUAUAUACCUUCCCGUGCCCGGAUUGCAUGUGUCGAAUAAACAGAACGGUAAAAGCAAGAUCGUCAUCGGCUGCGUAAUCUUCUCUCGGAGGAUAUCGACGGGUGAAUGUGUCUUGUUCUUGCAAACAAACAUAGUUACAAACACAUCUUCCUUUUAAUCCUCUUCAUGUGGUAAGAGUGCAUACAACUCGAAUUUGGGAGCUCAGAGGAACCUUUUUUUUACAGAGGUCAAAUUGUAUACAUUGAUCAGAGAACAAAAGGCGAUGAUUUUGCCAUCGGAGGGACGACCGGAGAGUGUUGCUGCACCGGGAUCUAACAAACUGUUAACAACACAUUGUGUUUGCUAUU